GAAAAGGAAAACUAAGCUUCCAAAGUGCCACUGAAACUGAGUGCAUCCAGGCAACAUGGACCAAACAUUUCGAGCAGUAACCCGCAGCCCUGGGAUUAUAAUCUGGAGAAUUGAGAAAAUGGAGCUGAUUCAAGUUCCUGAGAAAUCUUACGGAAGCUUUUUUGAAGGCGACUGCUAUGUGCUUCUGUUUACCCAGAAGGUGGGCAACUCUCUGUCUUAUAAUAUCCACUACUGGAUCGGCUCACAGUCCACUCAGGAUGAGCAGGGUUCUGCUGCUAUUUACACCGUACAGCUCGAUGAAUUUUUGGGCUCUUCCCCGGUUCAGUACCGAGAGGUCCAGGACCACGAAUCUGACACUUUCAAGGGCUACUUCAAACAAGGAAUAAUCUACAAGAAAGGCGGUGUUGCAUCAGGCAUGAGACACACUGAAACCAACACAUAUGAUGUGAAGAGACUGCUCCAUGUGAAAGGAAAGAAAAGGGUGAUUGCCAAGGAGGUGGAGAUGAGCUGGAAGAGUUUUAACCUUUCAGAUGUGUUUUUGCUGGACUUGGGCAAGAACAUCAUUCAGUGGAACGGACAAAAGAGUAACAGACAGGAAAGGCUCAAAGGCAUGUUGCUAGCCCAAGACAUCCGAGACAGAGAGAGAGGAGGUCGGGCAGAGAUCAGAGUGGUGGAGGGUGAAGCUGAGAGCAGUUCUCCUCAGGCCAUGGAGCUCAUGACAGAGACGCUUGGAGAAAGAACCGUAGCGCUGAAGGACGGACCUCCUGAUGAAGCAGUUGACCAAGAACAGAAGGGACAACUCACACUUUACCAGGUCUCAGAUGCAGACGGCCAGAUGAGGGUCACAGAAGUUGCUACGAGACCACUAGUUCAGGAUCUUCUUAACCAUGAUGACUCCUACAUCCUGGACCAGGGAGGGGUAAAGAUCUUUGUGUGGAAGGGGAAGAAAGCAAACAAAGAAGAAAGACAGGCCGCUAUGACCAGAGCUUUGGACUUCAUUAAAGCGAAAAACUACCCGAUCACUACAAAUGUGGAGACAGUGAAUGAUGGGGCAGAGUCAGCUCUCUUCAAGCAGCUGUUCCAGAGGUGGACUGUGAAAGACCAGACUCAAGGUCUGGGAAAAGUGAACACAAAAGGAAGGAUCGCUCAUGUCACACAGGAGAAAUUUGAUGCUUCAUUGAUGCACGCCCAGCCAGAGGUUGCUGCACAAGAGAGGAUGGUGGACGAUGGCACAGGUCAAGUAGAGGUGUGGAGAAUUGAAAAUCUGGAGCUAGCCCCUGUGGACCCCCAGUGGUAUGGAUACUUCUAUGGAGGAGACUGCUACCUGAUCCUCUACACUUACUUGGUUAACAACAAGAAGUGCUACCUGCUCUAUAUGUGGCAGGGGCGUCAUGCGACACAGGACGAGCUGGCUGCCUCGGCUUUCCAGGCUGUGAGCUUAGAUCAAAAGUACAACGGAGAGCCCGUUCAAGUGAGAGUAACUAUGGGCAGGGAGCCGAGACACUUCAUGGCAAUUUUCAAAGGAAAACUGGUUAUCUUUGAAGGCGGCACAUCUAGAAAAGGAUCUUCAGAACCUGAGCCUCCAGUGAGAUUGUUCCAGGUUCACGGGACUGACCAGUUUAACACAAAAACCAUCGAGGUCCCAGCCCUGGCCACCUCUCUAAAUUCCGGUGAUGUGUUUUUGCUCAAGAGCCAAACAGGAAUGUAUCUCUGGUGCGGAAAGGGAUCAAGUGGAGAUGAGAGAGCCAUGGCGAAAGAGGUCAGCUCAGCAAUCAGCCAGAACUCACCACGAGGCUCUGAAGAGAUUAUUGCAGAGGGUCAGGAGCCCAUUGAAUUCUGGGAACUGCUUGGGGGGAAAGCUCCCUAUGCAAGUGACAAGAGAUUGCAGCAGGUAGUUUUGGACCAUAAGCCACGCCUGUUUGAAUGCUCCAAUAAGACAGGGCGUUUCAUUGUGACUGAGGUGACUCACUUCAUACAGGAUGACCUCAGCGAGGAUGAUGUCAUGCUACUGGACACAUGGGACCAGGUGUUUAUCUGGAUCGGUAAAGACGCAAAUGAGGAGGAGCGCAAAGAGGCACUGACAACCAGCCAAGAAUAUCUGCAGACCCACCCGGGUGACAGAGAUCCACACACCCCCAUUGUCUUGAUCAAGCAAGGCUUCGAGCCACCCACCUUCACUGGGUGGUUUACAGCCUGGGAUCCCACCAAAUGGAGUUCAGGAAAGAGCUAUGAGGAGCUGAAGAAGGAGUUUGGAGAUACAGCAUCACCUGUUAAUGUUACUGUUGCAGAGCAGAACGGUGGGAACAGUGUGAAAAGUUUUCAAUCUUUCCCACCUGACGAUUUGAGAAACAAGCUUGCCAACGAGCUGCCAGAAGGUGUUGACCCGAAACAGAAAGAGAAAUACCUCUCUGACUCUGACUUCACCACCGUCUUUGAAAUGACCAAAGAUGAGUUUGUGAGCUUGCCGCAGUGGAAACAGCUGAAAAUGAAGAAAGAAAAAGGGAUGUUUUGAGAUUUUUUUCAGUAUUUGAAAUAAGUAGUUACUGAUAGAAGCCAGCUGUUGGGGUCUCUUUGUAUGAUCUUUCUUGCUUUUCAUGUUUUUUCACUUACAUGCAGAUGAAAUCUAUAAUCAUGAGUCCAUUCUGUACAUUUUAGUCAAAUUACUUUUUUUUUUCAAAACUUUAUUUUUGUAAUCUGUGCUGCCUUUAUGGAGUUAGCACUAUUUAGGAACUCUUGUGUCAAAAUCAAUGAACCUAACUGAACUAUGAACCACAAUGGCUGUUCCCCUCUGCAUGUUUGUGCAGUCAAAUCCUGUAGGAGGCAACAGUUAACUCACACGUCUUAUAUUACGAUAUUUAUCAGGAUGUCAUUUUUUAACAAAUGUGAUUCUUACCAGGUUCAAAUAAUGAUUUAAAUAAAACCUCAG